AUUCGGGUGGGUGAAAAUUGCUUUGUUUUGGAAUCCUUUGUAAAAUUGCCGAAAUGCGCAACAGUUGAUUUUAGUUAAGGUUUGGUUGAACCUUUUUGAGAUUUAAUUGUUUUUUAAGGCUGAAUGCGUUCAAAACUUUGUUUAAAAUGUUGGAUUGAAAGUUUAUGGUAACUUUUUUGGUUAUUAAUCCAUGACGUGAUAAUGCGAGCAUUCCACAGAAAAUGUUCUGUUUAGAGUGACAGUGCAAAAAUCAUUGCUAAAUUGAUAUUCCCAAAAUACAUCACCAACCACUCCGAGCACCACAAUGACGUUCACGCGGCCUUCAAUUCCAACAUGUGCGGCACACCUGGUGCUAGCCGGAAUAACCGGCUGGUCGCUAAAGCAGCUUCCCGCGACCUCCAACUCAGCCACCAGCGGCGUCCCAUUCAUGUUCAUGCUGCUAAUCUUCCUGCUGGUGCACAGCCUGCUCGGAAUCUUCCGCCACAGUCAUCCGGAUCCGCACGCCAACCUGCGCAAACUGUACGAUCUUUCGGCUCUGCUAACGAUGCUGUGCCCGUUGCCACUGCUGAACACGCAACUCUACCUCAAAUGCCAACCGAUGCUUGCGACUUCGUUUCUACCUCUGGUCUACGGCUAUCUGUUGGUAAGUGUGUUGUACCUUUCACGGCCGGAUUCGUCUACUCGUCGAUAAACCAACGGCACAAAAGUGGCUACGUGACCACGGCGAUGAACCUGCUGAAUUUGGCAGUUCUCACGUGGUUAUCGUGCAGCUUCGAAAACCUGUGGGGCCUCGGGCUGGCCGUUUCGUACGGAAUGAAACUGUUUGCCCUGCCACGGUUGGCCGAGCGGUACAGCGUCGUUGAUCUGUACAUUUACGGGUUGGGAUUUUUCGAAAUCUUCGCCAUUAACGUAGUGAUCGAUGCGGAACUGUACCGAGAGGAAAUGGGCAUCCGGUAAUGGGGAAUAAGAAAGGCAAGCUGUUGAGUUGACACCGAUUCCAGGACCACAAAUUGUAUAUUAUAUAAGAUUAUUGACAGUUUAAGAGAUUUAUCA